UUUUGUGUUUGUGUGCGAUGAGCGACCAGCAGACGACGAAGGGCGUCGCUGCUGCCCAGGCCGGAGCACCGCUGGGACCGCGCGGGUUUCUGUUCAAGCAAGGCGAGAUCAACCGCGGCUGGAAGCGAAGGUACUUUGCAAUGGGCCAGUUUGACCGCCUGUGCUACUUUCGCUCUGGUCCAGCGUCGUCAUCAGCGACGACCAGCAGCACUAGUAGCAGUAGUGGUAGUAGCAGUAGUAGUAGUAGUAGUGCUACUACGACUGGCGGUGGAUUGAGUGCUGGUGCUGCGGGUGCCGCCGUCACUGAGGUCGCUGCAGACGUCAUUGGCCAUGUCGCGCUGCUCGACGCUCAGUCCAUCCACUCGGCAAUCCCGCCACAUCCGCCAAAGAAGCACAUGGUCAAUUGUGCAUUCGACAUCCAGACAUCCACUCGCACCUGGCACUUCAUCACAGAGACGAGCGAGGAGGUAGACCGCUGGGUCAAGGAGCUGCAGGCCGUUCGUGCUUACUGGCUCAAGCAGAUCGAGCUGGGCAACGUUACCGCGGAAGAGUUGGGUGCCGAGCCGGCUGAGGAAGACAAGCCCGAGGUCCACAAGACUGGAUUGCACCUGCCAUUCCUCAAGAGCAAGAAGAAGCAAGCCGCGGCAGCUGCAGCUGCAGCUGCUACCGCCACGACUCCUACGCCCGCGAACGGCGGACACCCUACUUUAUCGAAAACACCCUCGGGGCAGUUCACGGGCAGCUCGCCAGUUUCGUCCGAGCCAACGUCGAUCAGUUCGUCGCCGCCUGGGGACGGAUUGGUCCACAGUUCUGACUCCAUCUCGAGUACAGGUGCCAUCAUUGUCAAAAUUCACUUGCUGGGCGCGGGCGAGUUCCGAACCAUGCCCAUCACCUCGACCAGCACGGCCGAGCAGCUGGCGAGCAAGCUUGCGAGCAAGCUCCAUGUCGGUUCUGAUCAGCGCGAGCAAUACUCGCUUGUCGCUGUUCCAGCGAGCGCUUCUGGCGAAAGCACCGUGUCCGUUCACAACCCGCCCGAGCCGCUUUCGUGCGAAACGAGUGCUCAAACAUUGGUGCUGGACGAAGAUGACAACAUCUCCUCGCUCAAGACCAAUGGUUUCAAGCUCUACUAUCUGGAUCGCAUGAAAUGUGUAGUGCAGCCGAUCGGCAUGCCCGAUGGGUCGUUCGUCUCCCUUCCACUGACGUACGAGAUGACUGCCGCUGAAAUUUGCGGCUUGCCUGUCCUCGCGGCUCGCUUUGCACAAAUCUAUGCUGUGCUAUCCUCUGCAACAGACGCAACUACUCCUUCGAUUGGGCUGUUCUUGCGCACCGUCGACGAAAGCGGCGCUGUCUCGCAGCAGCUGUUUUCUCAGUACGACAAGCCGCUCGAAACUCUGUUUGAAUCGCCCGACAGUGAUGCGAUUCCUGUUGCCAAAUCGCAGGGAGAAGGCACGUCUGUUGCACUGUACUUGCUGAACAAGACUGCGCACGAAACGGUGCACAGUGCGACGCCGGCUGCAGGUCGCGACAGCAUCGGAGACGAGCUCUUCCUCCGACCAGGCCUUCGAAACUCUGUUUUCGUGCGACCCGACGCCGACGAUGAAGAUGACUACCUCGAGAAGGACGAGGCCGCGGCGAUCGAGCGCGAUGCUGCUUUGGGCUUGUUUUCCAAACAUGCCGUUGAUGAAGCCGAAGCCUCUGCAGCGCCAGCGGCAGUCUCUGCAGAUGUGCAUCAAGACGAUUCCAGCUCCGAAGAGCAGCAUGUCGAAACACAUUUGGAAAUUCCUGCGACAACGCUUCCGCAAGUUGAUUCAACUGUGCCGUCUGCGACUGAGAGCUCGGUCGUUUCAGUCACCUCACCCGGUUUGCCAAGCAACGAGGCUGCUGCUGCUGCUGCUGUUGUAACUGCCAAAGUGACGUCGCGUCCAGGGAGCGCGGGCGCAUCACAAUCUACCUCCAACUCCAGCACACCUUCGAGUUUGAACGCAUCAAGUCAGCUUUCUUCGGCCGCGAACGCCGAGCCUGUAGACGAGCUUCCUCCGAAAGGCAGUGUGCGGGAUGCGCUCAAAGUAUUUGGAGGCUCAGGCUCGUCUUCUACUCCCUCGCCUGCAGGCCAAGGCAAGAAGAAGGGCGCUGCCAAGAACGCAGCCGCGGCUGCCGCCCCAGCGAAGGCGAAAGCCUCCUCCCCACCAGUGGAGCCUGCGGCGGAACCGGCUGCUUCCUUGGCCACUUCAGCGCCGCCAUCCACGGAGAAUGUUGCGACGCCUUCUUCUUCGUCGGCCCCAGCUGUUGCUGAGAACGUUGCGACGGUUUCUUCAUCCACCCCGUCAGCCGGCGCUGCCGACACAACCGCUGCACCCAACAAGCAACCUGCGACCAGUGCGGCCGCCUCCUCGUCCACUCCAACCAAAGGCGCUGCAGGAAAGUCGAAAAAGCAACAAAAGCAGCAACAAAAGCAGCACGCUGCAUCCGAACCAGCACCCGAACAACCAAAAUCUGAGGUUCCGACCUCGACCUCCACCGCUACGCCUGUCAAGCCAACGGUUGCGCAGCAGAAUGGCGAGAAGGCAGCUCCCUUGGUCGCAGAGUCGCAGUCAUCUCAUGCCAACCGUGCCUCACCGCUCCCGUCUGCUGACUCGGACAGCAUGCGACCGCGUGCAGGAACCAUCCAGUCCGCCUUGUACUUUGACCCCGCCGCCAAGGUGCCGCGUCAACAAACACUCGAUUCCCGCAGCAGCGAUUUUGGAGUGCAGAUUUCAGACCAGCCCACCACUUACAACUCGACUGCAAGCGAGGCCCUCAAGGAGCAGGCUGUCUCUGGUCAGCUCGACGACGCAGACUUGGCCGUUGAGUUUGCGCGCCAGGCCAACACUUUCCAACGUGACGUUGAUGGGGGCGUGAGCCGGCCAGACGACAGUGACAUCUUUUCGAAUGGCGAUGCUGACACGGCACCCACCAACGACGAAGUUUUGGAAGAUCUUGCGCUGAAGGCUGCGCAAGCCGACGAGCUUCAAGCGGCGGAUGACUCUCCUGCCCCGGCUGUGGACCUGACCAGCCCCGUGCCCAUGUUUGUUUCCAAGUCUCGCGCAACCGCUUCACUGAUUAGCAGUGCUUCUUCCAGUCCGUCGCCGGCUCCAGGGGAAACCACAGUCUCGCCGUUCGCCAGUGAGACGACGCCCGUUUCGCAUUCGCUGUCGAGGGCACCCUUGGAGGCGAAACGCGAGCCGUUCGUCAUUCCAUCCCCAUCCGUUCUCAAGAUUGUGCUGUUGCAGUCUUCUUCGGCCGCCUCCACAGCGACCAACGCUGCAAUGGACACAAUCUCUCUCUCUGGCACGGUGCUGCACAACACUGCGGGAGUUUGGCGAAUUGUCCUGGAUGCCCAGUCAUCUGGGCGAGUGGAGCCUGUUUCCGCGAGCGAGCUCGGUCAUAUUGAAAGCUUCACACUUCCCGGAGGAGUGCGAGCGAUUUUCCACCACACCAGCAAACGCUGGCAAGUCAUUCCAGUGAUUUCGAUGGACGAUGAACCACAUGCGCUGAGCAGUGGCAUUGUGCGCGGGACUGUCGAGGAACCCGCAGCUGCGCCGGAAGCACCAGCGGCGCCGGCGCCUGCAGAGCCUCAAUUGGCCAAGCUGGACAUUGCACGCGCCCAGGCCCAUCGCAACGCCGUCCCUGGUGCCCCGUUCAUGAUUGCCACCAAGAGCAGCUCGACGGUUGCUCCGGUUGCGGAGACGGAGCAUUCGAGCUCCACCGCGACGACCGACUCCUUGGCUGAUUCGGUUGUUCUCAGCAGCAGCGUGUCUCUGCCUACUCGCCCGCAGCCUGGCCCGGCGGCGGCGGCAGGAGCAGCUGCGUCAAUCCACGCACUGGGUCCUCCGCAGCCCUUUGCAUCCUUGGCGACCAAGCAACCGUCUCUCAAGUCCCUUUCUGCGACUUCGACCACGCAGCGCGCGCCAGCGCCUUCGCAAGACCUGCAUCACCCCAUGUCCUAUGCGUUUGCCGACGAAUCUGGUCGCGGAGUGACUCGCGACGAGUUGCUUGAGCUUCAGAAUCACACCAUCAAACUACACACUGUUGUCGGGAGCAUUGUUCGGCUGUUUUCCCAGAAUGCGCUCGAAUCGAACGAGAGUGACGCUGCAGAUGACACCAAAAACCCGGCCAUGGGUAGUCUGGUCCGUGGGUCGCUUUGUUCUGCGCUCGCCGGGUUCCUGCUGCAUGGCCUCAAGCAGUACAGAGGUUUCAUGAUGAGUCGGCUGGACUUGUGGCAAGUGGUUGAAGCCUCCACCGUCUCACAAACAUCGCCCAACAAUCCGGUGCAGCGCCAAACCCAUCGCAUCGUUUCCUUCCUGAAUGGCCACGCAUUGAUGGCAAAGGACUCGAGCAUGAAGUACCGAUCUUUUGUCUGCGCGCUGCUCAAUGAUUCCUUGCUCGAGUCAUGGCUGCUGCAGUUGCAUUGCAGCGACGACAUUUUGCCAAAGUUCUACGAGCCAAACGCCCUGCUUCGGUCUGCCUCGCGCGCGCAAAUGAAGGAGCUCGCCACCACAGUGCAUCCGCUGACAGCGGUUCGCUUCAAGCUGCAUCUGCAGUUUGAGGUUCGACAGCAAGCCGUUCCGUCCUCCCCGGCGCACGUUCAACCGUCCCACCAACCGCUUGUGCAAGAUGCCGCUUCCGACUCUUCCUCGUCCAGCUCUCUUGCCUCACGCUCGCUGACCAGUCAGGGCUCUGUCAACAUUGACAUGUCCAGCUCGCAUCCCGAAGUCAUGCCUGCGAUGGCCAGCAGUGCCAUGGUGAAUGUCGAGGCCGGCGAUGCUACGCAUGCGCUCCAGCGCACGCUUGCAGGUCGCUCACACUCGAGUUUUGCGCAGCCCGAGUCUCCGGCUCCCCGCAGCACCCAGUCGUCCAGCAGCAGCCCAUUCAGCUUGUUCCGCCAGCAGUCUUCUGGAUUUGGUUCCGGGUUUUUGCGCGGCACUCUCGAGUCGGUGCGUGCAAAGGUGGUUGAAAACGUCAAUUCGCUGCUCGGCGAGGUUGGAAUUGAGGCCGCCGAUGCCCCGCCCCGACCGCGGCCUGCCGUGCCUGAAGAUGACUAUGAUGACAAUUCCGCCGUUGACGGACUGACCUCGGUGUCUGCUGCGGCUGUUCGCCCAGGAAUGCGAGUGAUUGCCCUCUCGCACUUUGUCGCGCAUGACAUGGAGCAGCUUGCAUUCUGCAAAGGCGACGAAAUGGUCGUUUCCGACCGUGUUGACGACCGCUGGGCGCUGUGCACGCUCAAUUCCAUCACCGGGUUGGUUCCCUUGUCGUUGAUUGCGCAGCUGGAUUGAUCGACUCGACCGCGAGCCCCUCGCAAACGACACCACAAAUUGUCGACACGUAUUGUCACUGAACAGAGCGAAAUUGUCAAAUCAUUUAAUGGCGAAAAUAUCACGAAAUCAAAUUUUUUCCA